AUGGUGUCGACUCCACUGGAAACUCCUCUUUCGACACAACCUCCACCGGAUUUUGAAACGGUUCAAGAAACCCAAGUUCCAAUCCCGGAUCCGGCUCCAACAAGAAAGAAACGAUCUCAUGCAAAUAAGAAUCCCGAUGAGCCGCAGGAAAAGCCGAAUCAAAUUAAUUGGUCAAGGGAAGAACAAAUGGCGUUGGCGAGAGCGUGGCUAGAGGUGACCGAGGAUCCCCUAGUUGCUAAUUAUCAACGGGAGACAAAGUAUUGGUCCCAGAUUAGAGAAAUUUUCCAUCGCAUCAUGAACAAAGGCGAGUACCGUAUGCAAGAUUCCAUCAAUUCCAAGUUUAGGAAAUUGCGUUUGCAAAUUUCUAAGUUUCAUGCGAUUUACACUCAUUGGACUAAUCGGCAUGUUAGUGGAGUUACCGAAGCCGACAUCCAAUCGAAUGCCUUGGCCGAAUACAAAGCGGAUAUGGGGGCGCCUUUCAAUUACAUGGAAGAAUGAGUGUACUUAAAGGACACUUCGAAGUUCCAUAUGAUUCGCGAUUGGGAUCCUCUAACCACUCAAGGUGCGUCGAGUAAAGUGUCCAAGACUUCCGCUUCCGAUUCUCCGAGUGCUCAUAGUUCGGGAUCGGAAGCGAGAAUUCAUAUUGAUUUAAAUGAGGUCGAGGGAGAGGGUGACACUAGGGAGGUGCGGUACACACGACCUACGGGUCGGGACGUGACUAAAAAGAAAGGAAAGGCGUCUUCGUCCGGUGGUGGUGGAAAGUAUACCACCGAUUUUGGUGAUUUGACCGAUAAGUUGGAGGGUUUGAUAGGAGUCGGGAAAGAACGGACCGAGUUUAAUAAGGUUCAGCUAGUUAUUCAAAAGGAAAAGCUUGAAGUGAGAAAACAUAGGCAACGUAAUGAAGAUUUGGCAACUUUGGCGAUUGACACUUCGAACCUUCCCGAAGCCGACCGAGUUGCGAUUGAGGCUUGGAAAGACGAGAUUCGUUCCAACCUUAGGAAGUAGUGUUUUUAGUUUAUUAUGUUACGUACUUUGUUUGCUUUUUUAGUUUUUUAGUUUAUUAUG